AUGCGACAAGAACAUUCAAUUCAAGUUACGUUUGUAAAUCCGGAUAAUAAAUCUAAGCUUGAGCACAAAAUUCAUUUAAAGGCUUCAAUUGAUGUGGUGAGACUCCUUUUGAAUCAAGGAUUGACAUUUCGUGGACAUCGUGAAGAUGAAUCAUCAUUAAACAAGGGUAACUUUCUUGAAAUUCUUUCAUGGUAUGCGAAGCGAUUGGGAUCUGUGGUGGAAUGGUUUAUUGGGAUCAUUCAUGUUCGUGAUACUAGUGCUUUAUGUUUAAAAGUUGCAAUUGUUAACUACCUUGCUCAACAUUCUUUGAGUUUAUCUCAUAUCCGUGGACAAUGCUAUAUUGGAGCAAGCAAGAUGCAAGGGCGUCUAAGUGGCGUUAAAACUUUGAUUCAACAAGAAAGUAUAUCAACUCAUGCGAUUCAUUUUUUUGCUCAUCAACUUCAGUUGGCUCUUGUUGGGGUAUCUAAAAAAUGUCUUCAAGUUGAAGAGCCUGUAUUGUUGGUUUCUAAUGUAUUAAAUGUACUGGGAGGUUUUUUUAAAUGCAUGGAUGAACUUCGAGAAUCUCAAGAAGAAAAAGUUCAAGAGGCGCUAGAUAUGGGCGAGGUUGAAACUGAUAAGGGCUUGAAUCAAGAACUUGGUCUUGCUAGGGCUGCCAAUACUCGGUGGGGUUCACACUACAAAUAUUUUAAAAACUUUAUUAGUAUGUUUGACUCUAUUACUGAUGUUCUUGAUACUAUUGUUGUUGAUUCCGAAUGUGUUAAAGAUAGAGCUAAGGCAAUAGGAUUUCUCAGGGUUUGUCAAACAUUUGAGAUAGCUUUCAUAUUGCAGUUAAUGAGAGAUAUUUUGGCGAUCACAAUUGAACUUAAUGAAUCACUACAGAAGAAAGAACAAGAUAUUGCAAAUGGUAUGUUACUUGUUCAAGUGGUGAAGAAACGAUUGCAAGAUCUAAGAGAUGAAGGAUGGGAUCUGCUUAUCGAGAGGUCUGCAUUUUCUGUCAAAUUAUUGAUUGGAAACUUCAAGAACAAACUCAAGGAAUGUUUUAACGAGGUGAGAACGAAUUUGCUUAUUGGAGUUGUUUGCUUGAAUCCAGUUGAUACAUUUUCUAGUUUUAACAUCGAGAAAAUACUGAGAAUGGUUGAAUUAUAUCCUGAUGAUUUUGGUGAAAAUAUAAUGGUUACUCUUAAGAAUGAGCUAGAGACUUAUAUUGCUGAUGUCUGUGAUGUUGAUGGAAGGUUCUCCAACCUAAAAGGACUUGGUAAUCAUUCUGAAGAGCUAGUUAAAGCACAGAAGCAUUUACAUUAUCCCCUUGUGUUUCGCCUUGUAAAAUUUGCGUUGUUCCUGCCGGUCGCCACUGCUACAGUUGAAAGAGCUUUUUCGCCAAUGAAGUUGAUCAAGAAUGAAUUGCGAAAUCGAAUGAUUGAUGACUUCAUGAGCGGAUCCAUUACAGAGAUGCCCUCCUUCUUUGACUUCCCACCAAAACUCUCCAAGAUCAUUAUGUCUUGUAUCAGUACCAGCUCCAUCGCAGUCUUGGUGAAUGGAGGAAAAACAACUUCGAUCCAACCCACUAGAGGAAUUAGACAAGGAGACCCUAUGUCACCCUACAUCUUUAUCCUGUGCAUGGAGCUUCUCUCUAGAAGAAUUGAACAAAGAGUCUCUCAAAAUGAUUGGACCCCUAUCUCUGUUAGUGCAAGAAGGCCUAAGAUCUCCCACCUGUUCUUUACUGAUGAUCUUACCCUUUUCUCCCAAGCAAACAACAGAAAUGUCAAUACCAUCUUAGAGACACUUUCCGGUUUCAGCUCUAAGUCAGGGCAAAGGAUAAAUUUCAUCAAGUAA